AUGACUAGGUUUGGAAUCAAAGGAAAAUUGAAGCCACGUUUCAUCGAGCCUUACGAGAUUCUUGACGAAGUAGGUCCGGUGGCAUAUCGUUUGGCAUUACCACCAAGCCUUGGGAAUGUACACAACGUGUUUCAUGUAUCUCAACUCUGGAAAUAUGUUUAUGACCCGAAGCACAUAAUCCACUAUGAAGAGGUUAGUCUAACACCAGAUUUAAACUAUGAAGAGAAACCUAUAGCUAUCCUUGAUCAAAAGAUACAACAGUUACGGAAUAAGUCAAUAUCAACUGUGAAAGUUUUGUGGAAUCACCAUGGACAAGAAGAGGCAACAUGGGAGUUAGAGGAGAAAAUGAGAGAACAAUACCCAGAAAUGUUUAUGUAA